AUGGGUCCAAGCAUUCUUAAACUAGAAGAGUCCCCCAAGCCGGUCUCGAAAGUAUCUAAGCCAAAAAGACAAAGAAGUAGAGUGCCUGUGUCCUGUUUGGCUUGUAAAAAGAGAAAAGUCAAAUGUGAUAAGGGGAAACCAGCAUGUGGUGGCUGUAUAAGAAAUGGUGUUGGUCAUUUAUGUGAGUAUAUUUAUCCUCACUGGGUAGAUAAGGGCCAGAGCGGCUCAGCGUCAGCUUCUUCACCUGCAGGCCAGCCGUUACUUUCUCCUGUCAAAAUUGAACAAACUAAUGAAUAUAAGGCACUUAAGAACCAAAAUGAAAAAGUAAUAUCCAACCAAAGAAAGGAGAUUGAAGAUUUGAAGAGACAACUUCUGGUUGUACAACAAUUGUCGCCACCUCGCGACGCUCAAGGAAAUGAUCCCACAGGAAAUGAUAGAUCAUAUUUGGCUAAUGGUAUUAGUGUUUUAGGGAAAUUAAGUCCACUAACAAACUAUUCACUUGCUAAGAUGGAAAUCCUCGAAGAAUAUAAUGUGCUGCCAAAUAGCACGUGGAAGAAUCCUGCUUCUAUUGAUAAUUUAGAUAUAUAUUCAUGGGUUAAUAUCAUCAAAUUGGAUCCACAGUUGACAACGUUGUGGUUUAAGAUAACAAAUUUGCAAAAAAUGUACCACAUGUACAAGAUAAACAAACUUAAAAAUGGUAGUGAUCGAGUUAAGAAUGCUUCACAAGGAAAACCUUCCUCCAAUUCUUCAGCUGGAAAGGUAAAUGAAAUUGAUUUCACACAUGCAUUUCUAGAGAAUUCACCUAAUAUUAUUCCACAACAAAACUCGGGUAGUGACCACAAGUGUCCCGUCAUUGAAUGUGACUUUAAUCUUAUAAUGGAUGAUAUGUCAUCUCCAAACCAAAGUCCCAAAAAUGGCUCUACAAAACAAAAACAAACUCAACAGCAAGAACUGAAACAACUCCAGAGUCAACAGAUGCAGGGAUUAGAACUGGAACUGGGACAGAAGCAGCAACAAGAACGACAACAAGAAAAAGAAGAUGUUGAAAUGUGUCCAGAAAAACUACAGCCUGGAGGAACAGAGGGACAAGAACAGAUGACAUGUCCGAUGUUCAAAAAUGAUGUGGUUCACAAAUCUAAAGCGUUACAAUUCAAAUUGCAAAGUUUGUUUGAUUCAUUCUUGAAUUUAACUAGAGGUUGUAACUUAGGUUACAAUCAAAUGAUAUUUUUGAUUGAUUUUUAUUAUCGGAGUGAUUUAUUUGACAGCAAAAUGUUACUUUUAUUUUACAAGCAGGACAUUCUAGAUGUGGUUCAGAAGGGUAUGACUGGUGAAAUUUUACUCAAUUUGCCAAAGGGGUUACAUGAAGAUAUUUAUUAUCAACUAAAGGUCAGUGGUAUAUAUUUAUCGAUGCUAGCAACUAUAGUGGAAACAAGUUUAAGUUAUUUGAGAGAAUCACUUAGAACAGGUGAUUGUGAUGAAGUUGCUCCUUCGUUUAGAGCCCAGUUCCCACAUGAAUUAGCAUAUUUAGGUUUGGGUUCUAAGCAAACCAACAUAUACUACAUCUGUGAAGAUUUACUUGGUAAUGCAGAUAUGAAUUUUGAUUCAUUGGCUUGUGUUGCUUUGUACAUGACGUUCUUGAAUAAGAUUAUCGUUGAAUACAACAGCCCUGGAGGCUUGUUCAAUGAACCUAGGUCGUCCUUCACAAAACUAUUCACCAAUUUGUUGGAGAUUAUUUUCGCUCCAUCAUCUCAUUUGGAAAUCUGGAAGAAUCCCGAGCUUGUUGAAUUUGGCACACCUCAAAAGAAAACUGUCAAAGCUUUAAGAUUGCAUUUGUGUCAUUUGUGGUCCAAUUUGAUUAGAAUCUCCAAUAUUGCUACGUUUAAUUUUAUUCCCAUAAUAAAGUCAUCUCCAAAAUUGGAUGGUUUAUUGCAGAAGAUGUUUUCGAAAAUUGCUGUAGUUGAUCUGUGGCAAUAUCAUUUAAAGUAUUUAACAUCUAUUGGUGAAGGUCAGUUAAUUAUUGUAUUACAUGUUCAUUAUUUGAUUGCUGAAAUGUAUUCGGCCUUGCGAUUUGGAAUAUUAAAUAUUGGGAUUCCAAAAUUGACGGUUUCAAAUUUGGAUAUUAUUAUCAAACAAUGCUCCACUUGGUUGCAAGAUGUGGGACUAGAGAGAGUUUCGGAGAUUAGAAGAUUGGAAAUUGUGUACAUGUUGUCUUACUCACGAUUAUUUUUGAUGUACAUUUUGCUAUUACAAGGUGAAGACUUGAACAACGAGGGAAUGCUUGGACAUAUGGUUUUACCAGACAUUGUGUCGAGAUUGAAUCAAUUUGUUGAACUUUUAAAGAAUGGUAGUAAUCAAUCGUUGUAUAUUUUCCUGGCAUUGGGUGAAUUGAUAACUCGUACUAUUCAAAUAGUCAUUGCAGUGUUAGCAAGAAUAAAAAGUAAAAACAGCUGUUUCAAAUCACACCAGACAUUGUAUGAAGAACAAAUUUCCAAAGUAAUAAAAGAGGUUUCUUCAGUAUUGGAGUUUUUACAAAAUGUUACUCCUAAUCGUGGUAAUGAGCGAUUGGUGAAAUUGUCUAAAUUAUGGAAAUUCUACCUUACAUUUGUUAAUUCAAGCAAUAGUGAAUCCAAAUCGGUUAAUUAUGCAAAGCUUCAUGCAUCAGUUCCAGAGUUCCAGCAAAAGAGUUGUCCUGUUGCAGAUAAUUCAAUGAAUCCUGCUCCUGCGCCUUCAUCAAUGAGCAAUGAGUUUACAAGGUGUCCAAUUUCACAUAUAACGAGCCCAAUGGCUGAAGAAUAUAGCGGUGGGAAAUCGGAGGAUGCUUCAUGUGGUAGAUCGUCUAAUAUUAUACCUCCAAUCGGUGGUUUUGGUAAUAACUACACUUCAAAUUCCAAGAGACGCAAGUGUCCAUUUGAUCAUACAACUAUGAUGAAGAGAAUGCCUUCCUAUUCCAAUGCUAUUGAGUCAAAUAUGAGAGAAUACAAAACUUUCAGUCCAAGUCCUUUAGGUAGUACUGUUCCAAUAACUUCUCCGAUGGUUAGACACUCUGAUAGCACAGAAAUAUUACAAUCAGUCCCAUCAUCUACCCCACCUCCAAGACAAUUCCCAUUACCAUCCAUGUUGGCGCAAUCUCAAUCACAACAAUCACAAUCACAGAUGCCUCCACAACAGCAAGAGAUGGAUUUAAGAUCUGUUACAUCCAGUAUAUCUAUGUUUGCUCCCGAUGAUUUAGAAUUAUUUAACCAAUUUGGUGAUUUCGAUUUGGACUUUUUACACAAUGAGAAUCUUUUGGAUCAUAUUGGCAAUAACAAUAAUAUCAAGAUGGAAACCAGUAGUUCCAGUGAUAACAAUAUUAAUAACAGUAAUAUAGAGAACUUCUUUCAAUAG